AUGCACGGAAAAAAGCCAUUGUCAGGGGGGCCUACGGUCUUUCUACCGUUGUUGAGACGCGAUGCUUGCAAUCUAUGUACGAAGACGUCAAACGAUGCUAAGCUACGUAUAUGUAGUGCAUGUGGAGAGGUUUCUUAUUGCUCGACAGAAUGCCAGAGACAGGACUGGGUGUCCCACAAGAUUCGUUGUGGAAAAACAGAUAAGGUCGACGGGGAAGCAUUUUUCCCAUACCUCGCUUUCUUAGCUCAUGCACUUCGACUUCACUCCGUUCCGGACACUCAUCAUGCUCUAAGUCAUGCAAUUCUCAACAAUCCCGAUAAACGUGAACCUCUCGUAGUCCUCUCUAAUGGUCUCGUAGCCAAGCUCAUCGUUUUGGGAGAAAAAAUCCCAAGUUCAAAGUCUGCUCAGUGGUGGCCGACGGCUACUUGCCAGCUCGACCAAGAGAUCUUGAGGAGCAGAAUCUUCAAUGAAGGGCUCGGUCUUCCUCUGGCGCUCUCAAUAUGCAUUGGCCUGGCGGCACAGAUGUACACGACUACUGCUGUGCCAACAGGUGAGGUACCCGCCUACCAAGUUACUGGACGACGUCGUGUCCGGCUUGCCUUCUUAGGUUCACCAAUUUCGGAUUUUGGAGUCGUCCGAGGGUCUCUAACAGUCCCAAAUCAAACAAGGCUGGUCUACUAUAGCACGGAACAAAAGAAGUUCAUAAUGGGACAAGACCCAAAAGAGCAUUAUCGGAUUUAUUUCACAAACCUAAAUGGCCAGGAGUUCCUCCUCGACUUUGGAAUGAGGGUCUACGACUUCUGGAACGAGGUUGCAGAUCCCUCUCCCUACAACAAAUAUUUCCGUGACAAGAAUCAUGGGGCGUUUCCGUUCUACAUUGCUCAACGAGGCGACAGUUGUCUCUUGGAUAACCUUCUAUAUGAACCCCAUAAACGGGUGUCUGUCCUCAGAGAUCCAAAGAUACAUACUCUCAUUCAUGAAUCCGACUCUCUUGAAAAGCUCGCUGAUACAUCUCGAAUUUACUCGAUCAUGGACGAAAUUGCUGGAUAUCCGGUUUCUCCAGAUGACAAAACACUUGCGACGAAUUUUUCCUUUGUCGUGGCAUCACUCAUGCGUGAGACCAUGAAGGAUGGAGAAUAUAACAACUUUCCAUUGAGCUAUCCGGUAGCUUCACCGUAUAAAUCAACUAUCCCUCAAGAGAAGGAAGUGGAGUUCCAUCAGUACAUGAAGAGGUUGUCGAAGCGCUUAAGGAAAGGAAAGGUAUCCCCUGAACAAUGGGUAGCAGAUUUUCAAGAGGCAUACAAAUCACUAUGA